CUCCUCAAAACGCUGGCGUCGCUGCUGCCGUCGCGUCGUUGACUAAACUCGACUGUUGUGGCGGCUCUGCCGUAGCUGGUGGCAUUAGUUUUGGACACUCCGAGAGGCACGUCAGGGCCAAGCGCGCGCGCUUCUCGUGUCGAUUCUGUCUGUCUGUCUAUAUGUGUGCGUGUGUGUGUGUGUGCGUGCGUGCGUGCGGAAAAGCCAGCGCCAGAGCCAAUGGCACUAUUGGCAUUUUCUAAUUCUAUGGCAAAUAUCGUGCCGUAAUCGGCGUAGCAUUGUGCAAAAUACGAAAAUCCCACAAGCAUUCUCUACUCUAAAAAGUGAAAAAAAAAUAAAUAAAUCAAGUGAAAGUGCCGCCCCCUCCUCCCUCCAUCCGGCAGCAACAACGUUAGCAACAAAAUCAAAAAACCGCGUGGGCUGCAGGGCAGCAGCUGCCAUUUCUGCUCUUGAAAUGAUCCAAUGAGCGGCCAAAUAAAUGACAGAAAUUGUGUGAGGGGAAACCGCCAGGGAGCGCAGUGAACUACAAUUUAAAACCAAUGAACACCAGAGCGGCGCCUCUCUCUCACUUUUUUCUGACUGUGAAACAGCUGUUUCGCCCUUACCUAGCUAGCUAGCCAGCCUGUCAUCCGUCUCUCAUUUGCACCCUCUCUAUGUCGCCUGGCCUCUCUGCGCCGAAGCGUGUGUACAUAACCUCAAUAUCCGAAUUGCGCUGCUUCUCUCUAUGUUGCGGUAGGUAGGCAGAGCACGACGCUGCCGCUGCCACUGCCGCUGUCAACGCCGGCUGCAAUCUGCCCCUCUCUGUCGCACACCCAGCACAACACCCACAUAUAUACGGUUGAAGUGCAACGCGAGGAACCAGAACCAGAACCAGGACCAUCCGAAGCAGUAGCAGAAGCAGAAGCACGACGCACUCGUUGAUGCCGUUGCAGCUGCUGCUGCGACGCGAACGCCAACGCCGACGCCAAGGACGAUAGCAGCAGCAGCAACAAUCAGCAACAUCAGCGCCCUGUGUGCACGGACAAUAAUAUGAGGAGUGGCAGUUCGGAAUUACUACUCGAGCAGCAACAACAAGAGCUACGGUUACGUAAAAUCCGAGAACUGGCUCCAAAAAAGAAAAAUGGCAAUCGGCGCUUUCGCUCGUGGCGGGAACGUGCGCGUUUCUACGGCACCUCGACUCUGGCCUUCUUCUCGGUGACCGCCGGUGCUUCGCUGCUCUUCCUGGUGCCGCUCUACGUGGACCCGGCCAUCUCCACGCUGAGCCACGAUUUCAUCGAGAAUCCCACGCUCUGCACAACCACGCGUCGCGAGGAUCUGGUGGGCAUCUUUAACUGCUCCUGGAGCUCCUGCCGCGAGGGCUGCACCUCUGACCUCUACCGCUGCGUGCAUAUCUACGUGACGUUCAUCGAGCAGAACAUUACCAUUCCGGAGAACAUGACCGACUUUAGCAACUACACGGCCGACUGGGAGCAGUCCGGGGAGGCCACGCUGCUAGUGAACAUUAAGGGCUGCGGCUACCCGCCCACGGUCACGUGCAAGACCUUCAACGACUACUACGGCGCCGACGGCGCCAUCUAUCCGUGCUACUACUCGCGGAAGAACAAGACCGUAGUGCUCACGUCCUACAGUCACGACGAUCAGGUGGCCGUGAUCAUAAAUUUUUUCGCGGUGCCCUUUGUGAUAACGGUCAUCUCAUCCAUCGCCUUGUGCAUCAUGCACUGCGACUGCCGCUGCAAAAAGGACCGCAGCCAUCGACGCAAUCGUCCGCAGUGCCGAAGGCCGCGCAUCGAGAAUCUCAGCGACACUUCGAUAUCUACGCGAGUGGACAUGCUCACGCCUGCUAUUGAAGUCUACAAGCCGCCGCUCUGACAUAAGGACGACACUGUGGAGAGCAAUUUGGGGAAUCCAUCAACGAGUAGCGACUUCUAGCAGAGCCUAAUAGCGACACCCUGCGGAACCAGCUACGGAUAAUCUCUUUGUUCUUCCAACUCAGUGUCAAUCCCAAUCGAAAUCCGAACAGAGAAGAGUGGAGUGGAGUGGAGAGACUCUGUGCAGACAGACACUAUCAGAGGUUUUGGGGGAAAACUAGCAGAACAGAAAUCAGAUGACACACACAGAAAUUCAUAAUUGAUCCAACUGAAUAAUUCCUAAGAUUGAUUAAAUUUAGUUACUUUUUAGCAUACGAGUAAAUGAUUUUUAAACCAAGCAAAGUGAAGGAGAAACCAAAGGGUUACCACAUGGGAAAUGGAAAUGGAAAACAGAAAAAGCAAAGAAAAGAAAGGAAAGGAAAACCUAGCUAUAAGCCACGGCAUGAGUGGAGUGGAGUGGCAUAUUAUGUACACGAGUAUUUGUAUUGUAGCCGUAUCUGUGUGUACGAAUUAAAGGAUGCAAAUUAGGCAAUGUGUAAAUUUAGUUAAAAACCGAAAUCAUUAUGGAAACCAGAGGAAACCAAAAGAAAAAUGCAAUGAAUAAUUUUUGUACCGCUGAAUGAGAAAAACAAAAACGAAAACGAAAACCAAAACCAAAACCAGAAUAUAAAUAUAAGUGUACAAUUUUGCAUAGGUAACGAAUAAGUUUGUAAUGCAUUAGUAAUAACAGAAAUACCACACAACAAAAGCAACCAGAUCCACUAAAAAUGCAAAUGAAAAUUCGGAAGGGAAUGGAAAUUCGGCCAGCGGCAGACAGUUUAGGCUUCGGUUAAUUGCUCCACACAGAUCAGAUAUAGACACGCCAUGCCACGCCUCAGUUACGUAUUAGGAUCCGCCCACAAAUAGGAAUUCAACGUUUUAGGGUUCUGUUGUAGAAUUUUGAAAUAAUUUCGUCCUAGACGAAUGCCCCCGCCCCCCGCCCCCCCGUUCACAAAGUGCCCCAAGUUGAGAGAGAUUUGGUCAAAUCGUUAUUCAGUUCGUUAUUGAUUUGGAGUCCCGUCUUUGUGAAAGGAAACGAAGGAAAAUGUUUAGCGAUUAAUUGAGUAAUGCAAGUUUUUUGACUGUGAUCAUUUGAAUGGUAUAUAAAGAGAUAUGAUAUUAUGAAAAUUAUGAAAAGCAAUUUACUUCUCACUCUUGAUUCAAUCAUCCAUCAAUCAAGCUAGCACGCCAGGGAUUUCCACGUUUCCACAUCAGUAUCUAUGCGUAAUGUAGGUAGUUCUAUCACGAUAAUCACAUUUAUUACGAAUACGAAUACGGUCUGUAGUUGUUAUUAUUAUUAUCUUUGGUUUCGAGGCUGAUCGCACACUCACACAAAUUUGUGCUUGACAAUAUUUGAUUUCUAAAAGGAAAGAGAAAGGCAAACACUUUCGCUUUAACCUGGCUAUCAAUCACUCCACCACUAAAAAUCGCUGCGCCCAAUUUGUAACUACAUAAAAACCGCUUAUUCUGUUCCACAUUGAGAUACAGAGGCUUUGUAUGGACGAGGAGUACGAGGCAGACGGCAGAAGGCAGAAGGCAGGAGAUAUUGAAUGUUAACAUUUAUUUGUAUAAGCUGCAGAACAUUGUUGGAAUUAGAGGAACCUGCAUAGUUUUUUGAUAUUCAUGUAGAUACAUGUAAAUGCCACUCACUAAACUUAAGACAAGGACGAGAUAUGGCUAACGACGGCAUCAAGGAUAAUUGCAUUAUAUUUGUAAUAUCAAACUGUUCAUAGUUAAGGCAUAACAAAACAGAGAAUGAGAAAUAGUAACGAAACAACACGAAUAAUAAGAGUACAUGUAUAUAAGCUGACUAGUGAUUGGACGAGUAAUGGAAACUUUUCGAGGGCAAUACUCAAUGAAACAAAUGAAGCUACAACAGAGUGCAUAUAAUUUUGAUAGUUAAGAUAAUUUUAAUACAUUUUUUAAGACACCAGCAAGGCAAACCAGACGAAAAACAAAACAACAAAAAAUAAACUAAGGAAAACCCAAAACAGGAAGGGCCCCGAAAACAUUGCGUUUCCAUUUUUUUACACACAUCCCCUCCGCUCCCCGCCCCCCUCACACACUGGAUCGUUGAUUGGUUUUGUUGUUACAAUAAAAUAAUGCAAUAAGAUUCGAAUAAUUCCUUCUAUUAUUGUUAUUAAAUUAUGAAUUGUUAUGAGCAAAAUUUGAAUUUCGAAAUUUGCACAAUGAUUUUUGAUACACCGCAAAUUGGCUUGGAGGCGAAAUUCGUUUUGUAAUCGAGCAGGUGAGAGCAUGUCCAGCAUUCGGAGCGGACAGUGAACAUUUAUUUAUACAUACGAGAAUAUAAUGACGAGAGAAAUAAUCGAAAAUAAUAGAACUAGAA